CGAAACGAGCUUAUUAGAGGCACGCACUGCUUACUGCUGGCCCAGCUGCUGCUGCUAGCACUGACUGAUCUGCGACCCGUAUUGACACGCUUUCUUCAGAUUGCAUCCUUUGUUCCUCAUCAUCAUCAUCAUUGUUCCCAUAGGCUUAUGUUAUGUCGAUGUUUUUCUAACAAACUACCAAGCAAGACAAGCUGAAAACGGUUCUUAAACCCAACAAGAUGCUGCAGUGGACAGCAAAAUGUGGGCUGCCCCGAGCUCUUCUGGCAUGGUCAGCCUUGACCCCAGUGGCACGGGGGAGGGUGCGUGAGACUGUUUUGCCAGUGGCCCUUAGACAUCAAUCUUCCAUGACCUGCGGAAGUGCCAUGCCAGAUUUUUUACGGGUUUCAGAGGAAGUAUCAGAAGCAGUGGCUUCUCGAAGACCAGUUGUAGCCCUCGAGAGCACGAUCAUAACCCAUGGCAUGCCGCACCCGCACAAUUACAGUACCGCAGUUGGUGUCGAGACGUGUGUACGAGAUGCCGGGGCCGUGCCUGCCACAGUUGCUGUUCUCAGAGGGAAACUCUGUGUGGGAGUGAGCGAUGAGGAACUACAAUUUUUGUCAGAACAAGAUACGGGUCUGUGGAAGAUAUCUCGGAGAGAUCUAGCCUUUGUGCUUGGUCAGGGCCUUAGCGGAGGUACCACGGUCUCGGGGACAAUGAUUGGUGCUCACAUGGCAGGUGUGCCCAUUUUUGCCACAGGGGGGAUAGGAGGCGUUCACAGAGGAGCUGAGACAAGCUUCGACGUGAGCGCUGACCUCACUGAACUGGGCCGUACGCCGGUCACUGUGGUCUCAGCAGGGGUCAAGUCAAUACUGGACAUUCCAAAGACACUGGAGUAUCUGGAAACCCAGGGUGUGAACGUGGCCACAUUCGGAAAGACUCGAAGCUUCCCAGCUUUUUUCACUCGCGACAGCGGCUAUUUGUCCCCACACAAAGUUGUUGGCCACAUGGAGGCAGCUCGGAUGAUUAAUACAAGUUUGCAGCUAGGCCUGACAAGUGGCAUCCUUAUUGCCGUCCCCAUCCCGAAAGAGCACGCUGUGACAGGGGAAGUAAUCCAGGAUGCCAUAGAUGAGGCUGUUGAGCUGGCAAGACUGGAGGGCGUGUCUGGGCGAGAUGUGACCCCUUAUGUCCUGAGUAGGGUCAAUGAGCUGACCAGUGGUCAUUCCCUCAAGUCCAACAUUGCCUUGGUGCAGAACAACGCGAAAGUGGCGGCAGGCAUCGCAAAUUGCCUGUCACAGCUCAGAAGAGCCCGCGACAUCUCAAGAUGGAACCAAAAGCCGGUCGCCCCGCCUUCAAGUGUUGCAGAAACCCCAAGCUCCGCCCCCAGUGGGGGUGACAGACGUUCAUCACCAAGCAGUAGGCGGGGCAGAGACGAGAACGGCAAAAUACCUGGUAGGCCUGUUGUCCUGGGAGCGACCCUGAGUGACCUCAGUGUGAAGCUUGUGGACGAGGACUUUAAGCUUGACGGAGGAACGUACGCUGGCAAGGUGAUGCAGUCGUUCGGGGGUGUGGGGAGAAACCUGGCCGACUGCCUGAGCCGUCUGCAGAUGAGUCCCGUGUUUGUGUCGGUGGUGGGCAAUGACGCCGGAGCCGCCGCUUUCUUCGCCAACUGUUCCCACAUGGACUUGCACUCUGUGCUGCGUGUCUCUGGAGCGUCGACUGCCUCCUACUGCCCGGUGCUGGGCUCCUCCGGUCAGCUGCUGUUUGGGGUCGGGGACAUGGACAUCAAUGCACAGUUUGACCAGGACUUGAUCAAGUCCUUGCAGCAAGAGCUGGCCCGCUCACCUCCCUUAGUGAUCCUGGACGGAAACUUCUCGGCUCGGGUCAUCGGGGAGGUCGUUCUGAGUUGUUCCCGUCAUGAUGUCCCAGUGUGGUUUGAACCGACAGACUUGCAGGUCAUGUCGCGUAAACCUUUCCUGUCAGAGGCCUGGAAACACCUGAGUCUGGUCACUCCCAACCUGGGGGAACUCGUCACCAUGUGGAAGUCAAUGAGGCAAAAUCUGGGGCAAGAUGAUACCCUUGAUGCUGUGGUGUCUGAGAAUUGGAGCACGAGUGACAUCAUUGAAACGUGUGUACCGCUGUGUCGAGACCUGUUGCGACACAUCCCCUGUGUGUUGCUGACGCUGGGUCGACACGGCGUGGUGCUGUGUCACAGGUGUCCACACAACUCGGAGACUCUCUCGUUCUCCGACCUCCUCAAGGCUGGUCAGAGUGGUCACUUUUCAGCUGUUUAUUUCCCGGAGCUCAACAAAGACUCGGACAUAUCCCGAGUGGUCAGUGUGUCCGGCGCUGGGGACUGCUUGGCCUCGACCUUCGUGGCUGGCCUGCUGAAUGGCCAGGGCAUGACGACAAGCAUGCGACGAGGCAUGCAGGCAGCUUGGCUCUCCCUGCACUCUAUGACCAGCGUGCCCGACUCCAUCUCGGUGGACGGGCUCCGUGACUGUGAUGUCAGUGAAGGCCGCGACGAUGACAAGGAUGAUGAUAAUUCUGUUGUUACCGGACGUCGUCGGGACUGGGGGCCGGUGGAUGUCUCGGACGGACAGCUUGGGUAGAAGGAUGAGUCAGGGUUCGUACUGGUCUUGGAAAACUCCUAAAACUCUUUGCUUUUAUUUUCCAAGCCGUAGAAAACUUGAAAUUUUAGGAAAUUGGCAAAAUUCUUGAAAAAGUCUGGGCAAAACAAAUUUUUAACAAGAUCUAUUGUAAAAAUAUUCCCUCGAAGUUUAGAAGGCCUCGACUUUACGCAUUUUGAAUAAAAUAAUACUACACCAGAACAAAUUUUCUUCCGAAAUGACCCGUUAUUUGUUUUGGAAAAAAAUAAAUCUGGUCUUGAAAACUCUUGGAAAUGUCUUGGAAAAAAAAAUCUCCUGUUCAGUAUGAACCCUGAUGAGUUCUGAACCUUUUUUUUUUCUUCUAUUUUUUUGUUGUUGUAGUUAAACUGAAUGAGACUUGUUACUUGUCACUUGUCCUGGGCAACAAUACCAUUGUACUCCGGACAGGUCCAUAAGUGCUCAGUUCCUCUCAGCAUUAAAGCCCGUAAGGUAUCCAUACUGAUUGUUCUCAAAGAUUGUCUCUCAAUGAGACUAUGUUGGCCAAAUAUGGUGUUUUAUAUUUGUUUAUAUAUAUAUAUAUUUGUUUCAAGAUGGCGAUGAAUAAGGAAAUGUAUGAGAGCUAGUCUGUACAACAAAGUUUAACCAUUUCUACUCCAAUCUACUUUUUAUUAGAUGGUGUAGAAGUCGAAAUAUGCCAUUCAACUUUCAUUUGCCUAUGUAUUGGGUGUUAUUUCAGCCUAUGUAUUCUGAUAGCGAAAAAACAAAAAUCAGUAUUAUUAAUCAAUGUAUUAUUAUGGUAUGUCUUUGAUUUUAUAUCCCAACAAAAAAAAUAUUUAUUGGAUUUGGGUAGUUUUUUUUUUCUUUCUAUUAACGUUUCUAUAGAUAUGUUGAGAAAUAUCAGCAGAAAUCAGAAAUCUCGUUUACAUCUAUUGGGGGGUCUCUUUGAAAUAAGUGGAAAAAUGCUCUAGAACACUGCACCCUGCAGUAGAAGCUGGCAAUUGCCUCACACGGUCUCAGUUAGUUAUCCAGUUUGGUUGUUGUUUUUUCCUCUUCAAAGAGGACAGGAGAGAAUUUCAUUUUGCCUUUUCCCGAACCAAGUUGUUUCCGAAAGUGAUUUGUCUGUUGAUGAAAAGAUGUGAUGAUGCUUUCAAAAUUUUUUUUCCUGUUGUGUAAAAGGUUUGACUUUUUAAGAGGACCAAUGUGGCCUUCAGGUUCACUGCGAGUGAAAGUACAUUGGAAAUCAACUCGCAAAAUAUAUUAUCAAAAUGUUGGUUUUCGUAUUCAGUAUUUUAUUUCCUUACAUUCCGACACUGCCUGUUAUUGAAGUAACACUUAAAGUUAUGAUGUUUGUUUUUCUCUUUUUUAAAAACUUUUUUCCAGUCCAAUAGCGGUUACCAUUCUCAAAGUUUCAAUAUUGAUCUUUACUGUUAUAAAAAGCAUCUAGUCACACAUGGAUUUUGGGACCAAUGUAAAAAUUUUUUUAUUUUCUUUUUUUUCUCCUUAUUUACUUCCAAUUUUAUACUGAUAUUUUUUUCAAUGUACCUGCUCCGAAAGCACAAAAAUCUGGGCAAUAUUUUAUUCUAUUUUGGAACAUAGUUUUUUCCCCCCCACCUUCACUGUCCCAUAAGGCCACACACUCUACUUCUUAGCACCAAAAUCCACAAUUUCGUGAUUUUUAUGUUUUUUUUUCCUCAUUUUCUUUUAGUAAUCACUUCAAGGAUUAAAAUUUUUCAGUUUUUGGAAUCAUUAUCUGAUACAUAAUAACAGAAAUGGCAAAUUAGGGUGAAACUGGACUGGGCUGUCUGAAAGACCAUUUUCAAAAGCUAAAAACUCGAAAACUAUCCAUGCUAUCUAUGAACUAAUUAUAUAUUUUGUAACCUGCUCACAAAUCAUUAAAAAAUGACGCUAGCUUUUCUUGAAAAUCUCACUAUUAAUAAUGUUAUUACUUUUUGAAGACUUGCGAAGUGGCGAAUGACAAAAAUAGUCGAAAUAUCGAAGUAAAAAAAUCAUUAAAAAAUUUUUUUCUCAAAAAUUAGAAAAAGAUACGGUCACUUUAUUUUGAAAUGCAUGGUGCACUAACCCUCCAAAGUUCAUGUCUUUAUAUUAAACGGUUUUUGAGUUAUUAUAUUAGCUUUUAAAGCCUAGAAAUGAACAUUUUGAGGAAAGACGCAAAAAGCAUCUUAAAAUUGCUUGAAAGCAUUUUAUUGGCUCACAUUGUUACAAACUUUAUGGAGCUGUCUCUUUGAAAUAGAGCUCUGGGAGUACUGCCAUUCAAUUUAGCACAUCAUUUUCAAGGGAAGUUUCAUAAUAAGACCAAAAAAACAUUGUCUGGGCCCAAACUGGACCCCAAAAACCCGUGUGUGGCCUUAAUAUAAUUGUUAAAAUUUGUCUUUGAGUUUAUUGUACGUGGUUGUGACAGUUUAGCAGAGCUGCUCACUCAAUGUCGUAGAGUUGGAGUUGGAAAGCUGUUAAUUGUUCUAAGCCCAGAAAACACAAUUUUUCAGGACAGAAAAAAAACAACAACCCCAAACUGUUUCAUUCUUUAAAAAAUUAUACAUACAUAAUGUACCUGAUCUUUUCUUGACUUUUUGAGAGUUUAAAAUUUGAAUUUUGACAAAAUGUUUUUCGAGCUCAUGCAACCUAUACCACUGAUUAAGAAAUUGCAAAAAAAAAAGAAAGUUUUUUCUACAAAAAAUUUUAGGCUUAGUUCAUCCCAACAGCUGGCUAACGUCCAUUUUUUCUCUGACAUUCCCAAAGUGCCUGUGAAAAUGUUUCCAGGUUAACGCUGGCAAGUCCAGUAGCUCUGCUGUGUAAAAGACAAAAGAACUAUAGCUGUCCCCGCUGUUUUAUGUUAAAAAAAAUUCUGAAAUUUUGCAAACUGAGCCCAAAAAUGUGAAAUUAUGCAAUUCUGUUAAUUUUAACAAAGAAUGAUAAAGGAAAA